AUGAACUUUGACAUCCCUUUCAACACCACAUCUGUGAAAGUGCUUUGUAAGGCUCAGUACACUUCCUAUACUGAGCCUCCAACUGACAGGUCCAGUUGCUUUUCCUCCACGUGGCAGCUGGCUCUGCCCUCAGUUGCCCCGAAGGCAGAGAAGUGCAGUGCACCCAAGGCCAAGGUCUGCAUCUUGAGGACCCCUCUGUCCUUGCACAGCAGGUGGGAGCAGCCGGGGAGGAGCAUGGCCCCUGUGCGGCUGGUAGCCCAGGCCCCCAAGGUAUCAGUCACACUCCAGGACGUGUCCGUGGAAUUCACUGGGGAGGAGUGGCGAAGCCUAACCCAGGCUCAGAAAGAGUUAUACAAGGAUGUGAUGCUGGAGAACUAUAAGAACAUGGUCUACCUGGGAUUCACAGUCUCUAAUCCAGAUGUGAUGUCCCAGCUGGAGCGAGGGGAAGCAGCUUGGACACCAGAGGGAGGCCGCCCCACAAGCACCUCUCCAGGGAGUAAAAGAGUUAUUCAGCAGCAGAAAGUUUGUACGUCAGAGAAACGUUAUCGAUGUAAUGACUGUGGGACAACAUUCCUAGACUACAAACAGCUUGCCCAACAUCAGAAAAUUCGUCCUGGAAGAAAACUUUAUGAAUGUAAUGAAUGUGGGAAGUCCUUCCUGGAGAAAUCCAAAUUUAUUGUGCAUCAAAGAAUUCAUACUGGAGAAAAACCUUUUGGAUGCAACAAAUGUGGGAAGGUAUUCCGCCAGAACUCGCAACUUAUUCGACAUCUGAGAAUUCAUACUGGAGAAAAACCUUAUGAAUGUAUUAAAUGUGGGAAGGGCUUUCACCAAAGCUCAGACCUUAUUCGACAUCAUAAAAUUCAUAUUGGAGAAAAGUGUUAUAAAUGUAAGGAAUGUGAGAAGACUUUCCUUGAGAGCUCAGCACUUGUUCGACAUCAAAGAAUUCAUAAAAGAAAGAAACCUUAUGAAUCCAAUGAAAAUGAGAAGACUGUCCAUGAGUGCAAAUACUUUACUGAACCUCAGAGAGUCCACGCAGGAGAAAAACCUUCCAAAUGUAUGGAAUCCAUUGGCAAGGAAUUCAAUUUAAAGAAACAUCAGAAAACACAUACUGGAGAGAAACCUUCUCAGUGGAAUGAAUGUAGGAAGGCCUGUGAGAAUUCAGAAUUCCCUGCAUGUCAGAGAAUUCAACAUCUAGAUAAACCUUACGGAUGUAAUAAAUGUGAAAAGAGCUUUCACCAGAGGCCGGAUCUCAUUCAUCAUCAAAAACUUCAUGUUGGAGAUAAACCUUUUGAAUGUUGUGAAUGUGGGAAGGCCUUUCGCCUUAGGAAACAACUUGUUCAGCAUCAGAUAAUUCAUACUGAAGAGAAACCUUACAAAUGUAAUAAAUGUGAGAAGACCUUUGGCCGGAGUGCACAACUUACUGUGCAUCAGAGAAUUCACACUGGAGAGAGACCCUAUGAAUGCAACGAAUGUGAGAAAGCCUUCAAUGAGAGCAAACAACUUAUUGUACAUCAGAGAAUUCACAGUGGAGAGAAACCUUAUGAGUGUGACAAAUGUGAAAAGGCUUUCCGUCUGAAGACACAACUCACUAGACACCAGAGAAUUCAUACAGGAGAAAAGCCUUAUGAAUGUAAAGAAUGUGGGAAGACUUUCCUGGAGAGCUCAGCACUUAUUCGGCAUCAGAGAGUUCAUACUGGAGCAAAACCUUAUGAAUGCCAAAAAUGUGGGAAGGCCUUUCGCCAGAGCUCACACCUUACUCAGCAUCAGCGAACUCAUACAGGAGAAAAACCUUAUGAAUGUAAAGAAUGUGGAAAGGCCUUCAGUGUGAGGACACAACGUACUCGACAUCAGAAAUGUCACCUUAAAGAGAAAUCUUCCUUGGAGCGUAUGGGGUGUUGGGAGAGGACUCGCACCUCGGCUGAGGGCUGCCCAUGUAUCCCUGGUGUCCACCCGCCGCCCAGCUCCCACCAGUGGCUGCACCAUGCACAGUGGCCACGCCCGGUAAGUCAUCUGGGCAUGCAGGCCAACCCAGGGGAGCUACGAGACGGCACGGAGACAGCUGAAGGCGGCACUACCGAGCCCCGGGUUGGGUCGGACACCUCCGACGCCAAGGCCAUCCUGGGCAUCCCGGCCCUGACCAGCCGCCAGCCUUUGCGCUGCUACGCCCCGCUUAAGUCCGGUUCAUGCACAGGUCAAGACACCCCCCCCCCCAUUGAAGCCACUGGUCCUCUCCCCAAACGGAGGAGGCACAAAAACACGCCCAGCCGGGACACAGUGCCGGGCACACACCUCGCACUGUGUUUCCUUUCAAAGCUCGGCUUCCCUCGCUGGGCAGUUGUCAUGGAAACGGAGAGGGCUGGGCCAAGAAAUCGAAGAUUCUAUCUCGGAUUGGACACGCGAACUGAGGAGGCGGGAGGAAAGUGGGAGCCUGUGUCGUCACUUCCGCCUCUCCCUGUUCUCCCUCCGCCCCCGCCAUCCUCGUCCCGCUCGCGGGCGCUCCGGUUCCUCCCUGUCCUCAGCCGCUGCUGCUGCCACCAGGGUCCGACCCCUGCGUCCUGGGCCGGGGAGCCGGUGACCUUCGGGGGCGUGGCCGUGGACUUCACCCGGGAGGAGUGGCAGCACCUGGACCCUGCCCAGAUGGAGCUGUACCAGGAGGUGAUGCGGGAGACCCACAGGAAUCUCACCUGCCUGGAUGCUGAGGUGAUGCUUGAAGGCAAGGGAUCCACUUCAAAGUCUGGAAUGUCAGCUAAAGAGUCGUCUCAGGAAAGCUGCACCCGGGAUUGUCUCUCUGGCUCCAGUUUAAAAGAAGUUUCUAAAUCUGCCCCCAGGUUGGAGUGGCAAAAGAAGAAUGCAGAAAAGCCGUCUGGGAUUCGUCCUGGAGAGAAAUCCCAUCAAUGUCACGAGUGUGGGAUGAACUUCCGCCAUAACUCACAGCUUUCUCGGCACCAGAGAAUUCACACUGGAGAGAAGCCUUACAAGUGUGAAGAAUGUGAAAAGGCCUUCAGUCGGAACACACAACUUUCUCGUCAUCAGAAAAUCCACACUGGAGAGAAGCCUUAUGAAUGUAAUGAGUGUAGAAAGACCUUCCGUGAGAGCAAGCAGCUUUCUCGGCACCAGAGAAUUCACACUGGAGAGAAACCAUAUGGGUGUAAUGAAUGUGGAAAGACCUUCAGUAGGAGCACAGGACUUACUGAACAUCAGAGAAUUCACACUGGAGAGAAACCUUAUGAAUGUAAUGAGUGUGGGAAAACCUUCCGAGAGAGCAAGCAGCUUACUCGACACCAGAGAAUUCACACUGAAGAGAAACCUUAUGAAUGUAAUGAAUGUGGGAAGGCCUUCCGCUGGAGAACAGAACUUACUUCUCAUCGAAGAAUUCAUACUGGAGAGAAGCCAUAUGAGUGCAGUGAAUGUGGCAAGGCCUUCCGCCUGAGUGCACACCUUAUUCAACAUCAGAGUAUCCACACUGGGGAGAAACCUUAUGAAUGUAAUGAAUGUGGGAAGGCCUUCCGCUGGAUCACAGGGCUGACUUCCCAUCACAGGAUUCACACUGGAGAGAAGCCAUAUGAGUGCAGCAUAUGUGGGAAGGCCUUCCGCUGGAGAACGGUUCUCACUUCCCAUCACAGGAUCCAUAUGGGAGAAAAACCAUUUGAAUGUCAUGAAUGUGGGAAGGCUUUCCGCCUAAGCAAACAUCUGAUUCAACACCAGAGAAUUCACAGUGAAGCCUUUUGAAUGGCAAUGCCUUAUAAAGUUAAUGAAUGAAGACUUCAGCCAGGACACACUGAGAAUUCACACCUAGGUAAAGGCCUAUAGAUAAAGAAAUCCCCUGGAUAGUGUCACACAGCACCUGUUUUUCUUUUCAGGUCCCCAGAUAUCUGCCAACUUUAUCACCUGUGCUUGUAUGAGAUGACUUAGACUGCUACUACUAUGUUCUCUGUGAAUCUGAUGGCACUUGCUUCCUCCAAACCACUUCUCAGACGCCUUCAAAAGCAUUAUCCUCACUCUUCACCUUCCCUUCUAACAGAGAGGAAGAAGUAUUCUCCCUCCUUGCUGAAACGAAAUUGCCUGCUAACACCUAAGAGCCUGCCUGCCUGCCUCCCCCUCCCCCUCCCCAUUCCC